AGGCUACUUCACAAAAACAUAAAAACUGGGUUAAAAUAGGCGGGUAGUAAAGGUUUGCAGGUCUGUAGGACCCAAACAACUUGCAUGACUCCCCUGAGGAGCGGAGAGCAGUGAGAGUCAGAGAGGAGAUAAGGCGUCUAAUGCGCCGAGUUGUGGAAACAACUUCUGUAAUCCUUUAUCAUGUGACUCAUAGUAAUAAUCAGCACAUAAUGAAGAGACAGGUGUGUGGUGGAGCAGGAGAGACGCGGAGACAAGCGGAGCUGCUGCUGGAAAAGUCCUGUCUGCCAUUCGCCUCCUAUCUGUGGGCCCGCACAGGUGAUCCUGCUGAGCGGGGGAAGACGCGGAGCCAGCACCAGUUCCUGAUCUAUCCUGAGACGAGCCUAACACCGGAGGAUGUCAGUCGUGGGCGCGCAGACUUUCAUCAAGCCCAUGCAGUCGCCCUCGCCGUCGGUGUCGCCGGGCAUCCAGCGGAGACACACGCUCCCCGCCAGCGAGGUCCGGCCGCUCAACACGCAGGACGCCAUCAGCGUGUUCGAGAUCGAGCGAGAAGCGUUCAUCUCGGUGUCAGGUGAGUGUCCCCUCCACCUGGAUGAGGUGCGGCACUUCCUCACGCUGUGUCCGGAGCUGUCCAUGGGCUGGUUUGAAGAAGGAAGGCUGGUGGCGUUCAUCAUCGGCUCCCUGUGGGACCAGGACCGGCUCACCACGGACGCGUUGACCCUCCACAAGCCCCACGGCUCCACCGUGCACAUCCACGUCCUGGCCGUGCACCGCACCUUCAGGCAGCAGGGCAAAGGCCCCAUCAUCAUGUGGCGCUACCUGCAGUACCUGCGCUGCCUGCCCAACGUGCGCAGGGCCAUGCUGAUGUGCGAGGACUUCCUCAUCCCCUUCUACCGCAAGUCCGGCUUCAAGGUGAUGGGCCGCUGCGCCAUCACGGUGGGCAGCCUGACCUUCACCGAGAUGUGGUACCCCAUCAGCGGCCACGCAUACAUGCGCCGCAACAGCGAGGCCAUCCGCUUCCCGCAGCACCCCCUCACCCUCCCACUGACAAAGACUGAUGAGCAGGUUGAUGUAUGACUUUUUUUUUUCCUUUAUUUAUUUUUUAAAAGUGAAAUCAGACACCAGCACGGGUUGUCUUGGAUGUCUGUCCCUUUUUUUAAUCCAUGAUCCGGCUUACUCCGAUUUAUUGGACUAUUUUCUCACAUCUCUACUCAACUCCAUCAACUGAUCUUGUGUGAAAUCUUUUAAGUGUGAAAUAAAUACAGUCGUAGUCUACUAUACCUGGAAUGUUAAAUGUUUCUGUGUAGUCGUGACUAAUAGCGUCUUUCUGGCUAUAAGUGGAGCUGCAUGUUUUAUCUGUGGUGGAUCUGUGGUUUUACAGUAAGCUGUGUCCUGCUUAACACCUUUUGGAACUUCUGGCAGUAUGAACUGACGUCAGCCAGCAGGCUUUAGCAGCUCAAUAACAGCUCCUCCAGCUUUAUUAGGAGGUGUUAGCUGUAGUAAACGGUGGGGGAUUUAUUUCCACUCAUCAGUUAGCCUGCACAUCCAAUGACCUCACUUAAACCUGCACGUACAUGGACGGCACGUUUUGUGUUGUUGUCACAAAAUUUCAAUAAAGGGUUUUGUACUUUUUUUUUUUUAAUUUCUUUUAUUUUUAAAUAUUGAUGAAAAUUUCUGUUUUUGAUUGUCCUUUUGCCAAAAUGAUUAAAGUGUUGCACUUGCACUCACUGACAUGGUGAUGAAGUCAAAGCGCUGCCCCUGAUUUCCUUGACUGCCUUGUUUGUCGUUAGCAGUGUGUCCAGAUCUCCCUCCUGUUGUGAUGGAUGCGUUCAGCCGUCUCUGAAACUAGGCUGGAAACACGCGGCGCUCCUGAGCGGAGCUCUAAUCCAUGACACAGUCUCCGACUCAGGUCUAAUCCACUCACUGGGUGAGCAGCGGCUGCUCCCCUGAAGGGCAAACUGGGCAGUUAAUGAUCACCGCAGAUAUGACCUCAAUUAACUCUAAAUUUAAGUUCAAUUUCAGUUUAGUUGGAUUCAGCUUUAUUUAUAAAGCUCCAAAUUGCAACAAAGGUCAUCUUUCAAGAAUCCAACUUAAUCCAGUCCAGUUAAUACAAAGCCAAUGCAGAAACGUGACAAGCACAAGGCGACUGUGGGAAGGAAAAUCUCCUUCUUAAAGGAGCAUGAGGCUAGGACAGGGGUCGGCAACCCAAAAUGUUGAAAGAGCCAUAUUGGACCAAUAACACAAAAAACUAAUAUGUCUGGAGCUGCAAAAAAUGAAGUCUUGUAUACAUUUUAGAAUGAAGGCAACACAUGAUGCAUGUAUCUAUAACUAUAACUUUUUUAUCAUUAUGCAUUUCGAGAAAAAAGUCGAAAUGUCGAGAAAAAAGUCGAAAUGUUGAUAAGAAAGUCGAAAUGUCAAGGAAAAAGUCAAAAUUUCGAGAAAAAAGUCGAAACUUUUCGGACACUGUUUUUUUUCCCCUGUUUGUAUUACGUAUUUGUUGUUGCUUUUUUCUGUAUGUUUUGAAUUUGUUUAAAAAUGUUAUAUUUUUUUUCCUUAUGUGUUCGAAAUAAACAAUUCAA